GUUCGUUGCCCACUCCAGGUUCUUCUGCUCUCCUCUCCGCUCCUCUCCUGCCGGGUCCAACGCAUUUUAGGCGGUAGUUUCUCUCCAGGUCCACCAUGGUGGCACAACUACUACUUCAGAGCGCAGCAGUGGUCCUUUGGCUGGUGCAGGCGGCACACACGGGCGGUUACGGUGCUGCGUCUGGGAGUGUCCAAUGGACAGGCACCCACAACCACACGGAAACAAACCUCAGAGUGGUGGAGGUGUAGGACGAAUGCUGAUGCCAUCAAAGGGCUACGGAGCAGCAGCUGCUGGUGGGGCCAAUGGAGGAGGGAUGAAAGGCUAUGGAGCAGCAGCUGGACAAGUUGGACGACCCCGAGGAUAUGGAAUUCCGGUCGACCCAACCAACGGACAACAAAUGAAAGGCUACGGUAACGGUGCUGCAGCUGCUGCUCAUAUUGGACUUGGAACAAAGGGCAACGGCUAUGGUGCUGUAGCUGGUGCAGCUGACGGAAAUGGGGCUAAAACCAUUGGUCAAGGAGCCAAAGCUGGCCCAUACAACGGCAAUGGGGCCGGAUCAAAUGGACAGGGGGGUCAGGUAUUGGGUGCACAACAUGGAUAUGGUGGAUACCCCACAAAGGGCCAAGGCUAUGGAGCAGCAGUUGCUGGUGGGACCAAUGGAGGAGGGAUGAAAGGCUAUGGAGCAGCAGCUGGUGUAAACAAUGGACAAGGUGGACUACCCCGAGGAUAUGGAGUUAAGUCUGGCCCAACCAACGGACACCAAAUGAAAGGCAACGGUCAAGGAGCCAAAGCUGGCCCAUUCAACGGCAAUGGAGCCGGAUCAAAUGGGCAAGUAGGUCAGGCCCUGGGUGCACAAAAUGGAUAUGGUGGAUACCCCACUAAGGGACAAGGCUAUGGAGCAGCAGCUGGUGUAAACAAUGGACAAGGUGGACUACCCCGAGGAUACGGAGUUAAGUCUGGCCCAAAAUACGGACACCAAAUGAAAGGCAACGGCUAUGGUGCUGUAGCUGGUGUGGUUGGUGGAAAUGGGGCUAAAAUCAACGAUCAAGGAGCCAAAGCUGGCCGAUACAAUGGCAACGGAGCCGGAUCGAAUGGGCAAGGAGGUCAGGCACUGGGUGCACAAAAUGGAUAUGGUGGAUACCCCACUAAGGGACAAGGCUAUGGAGCAGCAGCUGCUGGUGGGACUAAUGGAGGAGGGAUGAAAGGCUAUGGAGCAGCAGCUGGUGUAAGCAAUGGACAAGGUGGACUACCCCGAGGAUACGGAGUUAAGUCUGGCCCAACAUACGGACACCAAAUGAACGGCUAUGGUGCUGUAGCUGGUGUAGCUGAUGGAAAUGGGGCUAAAACCAACGGUCAAGGAGCCAAAGCUGGCACCUACAACAACAAUGGGGCUGGAUCAAAUGGACAGGGGGGUCAGGUAUUGGGUGCACAACAUGGAUAUGGUGGAUACCCCACAAAGAGCCAAGGCUACGGAGCAGCAGCUGCUGGUGGGACCAAUGGAGGAGGGAUGAAAGGCUAUGGAGCAGCCGCUGGUGUAAACAAUGGACAAGGUGGACUACCCCGAGAAUAUGGAGUUAAGUCUGGCCCAACCAACGGACAACAGAUGAAAGGCUACGGUAACGGUGCUGCAGCUGCUGCUCAUAUUGGACUUGGAACAAAGGGCAACGGCUAUGGUGCUGUAGCUGGUGUAGCUGAUGGAAAUGGGGCAAAAACCAUUGGUCAAGGGGCCAAAGCUGGCCCAUACAACGGCAAUGGCGCCGGAUCAAAUGGACAGGGGGGUCAGGUAUUGGGUGCACAACAUGGAUAUGGUGGAUACCCCACAAAGGGCCAAGGCUACGGAGCAGCUGCUGGUGGGACCAAUGGAGGAGGGAUGAAAGGAUAUGGAGUUAAGUCUGGCCCAACCAACGGACAACAGAUGAAAGGCUACGCAGGAGGAAGUAGACCUAUUAAAGGAUAUGGACGACCAUUUUAUGGCUCAGGUCCAGGUGUGACAACGGGAGGCUACGCAGGUAUGGGAGCACCUCAGCCAAGGAACCAAGGAUACAAUGGCGGUUACGGCAGCGCUGGUUUGGGUCUGGGAGCUCGCUUUGGAAAUGGAGGAAUGAAAGGACCAAAGCUUGGUUACAGGAAUAUUCCAAACGAAUAUGGCGCCAGACCCAACGGUGUUGGAAAUGGAGCCAUUCCCAAUGGAUAUGGAACCAGACCCAACGGUCAUGGAUUUAGAAAUGGCGCUGCACUUGGUGGAUAUGGAAAUAAACCCAACGGCUACGACAUGGUGCCGAAUGGGAACGGUGCAAAGAGCGCAGGUUGGUCCAAUGAAAAAAGCCUGAAAGGUGGACUUUUCUCCCCCGACCAGCCGAGCGAGGCCCUACGGGACGUUGUUGCGCUCCCACAAGGAAUAACUCCGGGUGCAAAGCCAGGUUCCCCCGAGCCGACGAGCGGCGUCCUUGUAAUGGUGACGCAAGACAAAUAUCAAAAGCUGCGUUCCCCUGUGACACACGGAAAAAGCUACAAACAGACACCAGAACCAGCACCAGCGACCCCUCAGGUCAAAGGCCCAAAGGCCGCACCUGAACUAGGACUCCUGGGCCCAAAGGGUAACGUCCCCAUGGCCGCCACAUCCGACACACAGCUGGAAGACCUCCUCCCUCAAGAGAACAGAGGAGCUUCUGUCUCCAAAGGGCAGGAAGCUAAACCAAACAAACCAGACUGUGGACCAUCAGGCGUACCAAAUGGACAGUGGAUGAAAAUACCACGAUCUGGUUAUAAAGCAGGAGCAUCCACUGGCACUAACAUAAAAGGUUAUGGAGCAGCAGCUGGUGUUCCAAACAGAUAUGAUGCUAAACCCAACAGUUAUGGAGGAGGAGGAGGAUACACUGCCCCUGGACACGGCAACGGAUAUGGAAACCUGGGAUAUCCUUUCGCGGGGAAACCAAAGCCGCCGGGUUACGGACAGGGGGCGCACCUCGGAGCUGGAAACGGAAACUCAUAUAAAGGCAAUGGAAAUGGCUACAGUGCUGAUGUCCAACCGGACUAUGCAAGCCUCGGCCAAGGUGCUAAUGGAAAAUCAGGCGUUGCCAGACAGAUGCCUUACAAUGGAGCUCCAGUGGAUGCUGCUGGAAUAGAUGGAAUGAGCCAGUUUGAGCCUCAGUCCGCGGGUCUGGAUCCAAAUGGGAAAUUAGGCAGCAUGUACGGUGGAAUGGGUGGCUCACCCACCGGGGGGCAGACGCUGGGAAUGGGUGCGGAGAAUUACAACACCAAGUACGGCAUCGGCGGGCUGCAGUUUGGUGAACAACCCCUCAGUACAGAGACCAAUGGCCCAGGAAAGUAUGGUUUUGGUGGGAGCCCCUAUGGGCCCGCUGGCGAUGCCACAUAUGGCGGUGUUGGUGCCGGCAUGGGAGGGGAGCCUGCGCCCCAACAGUACGGAUACGGUGGGUUCCCCGAUGGGGGGCAGCUUCUUGCCAGUAAUGGAAAUACAGCCGGCAAAUAUGGUUACGGAAGGAUGCCGUAUGAAGCACAACCGGCUCCUGAAGCCAUUUCUACGGGCCAAUAUGGUCUGCCGGGGUCAUCGUAUCAGUCUGAACUACCUGGGCAGCGCGGAAUGUUGCCAGGCAAAUACGGCGCUGGUGAAGUUCCCUACGCACCACAAACUCUUGGUUUUAUGAGUGAAGCUACACCUUUUGGGGAAUAUGAAAACCAGAGGCCAUACGAGUCGCAGGCCCUCGAAUCGGCUUCUGAAAGCAGAUCCGGUGGACAACACGAAAACAACGGCUACAUAAACGGACAAGUGCGGCCAGAAGUUGUCGAACUUCCCGCGACUCCCACACCGAGCCCCCCCCCGGCUCCCCCCUCCGUCACAUCCCAUCGGCCCGCCGACUCCUUCGGGCACACGUUGGCGGCCGAUGUCGAGGACCCACCUGAGCCCGCCGGCCUCGCCUCAGACUCCGCCCCCGCUGCGGAAACCGAAGGCGUGGCUCAGGAGUCGGAGCGGGCCGACGACCUGCAGCAGCAGCUGCAGCUGCCACGUCAGAUACACAUUCAGCAGCAUCUCAAACUGCAUUUUCACCCACAAGGCAAAAAAAAACAACAAACAUGACUUGAAUGGCUUCUUUGGGAAUAGCGGCUAUCAAGGCUGAACCCGACGACAGGCGGAGUGUUUUACCUUCGAAUGUUUCCUUUUUGUAUAUUUUUAUUUUGAUUGAGUCAGUCGCUUUUGCCUGAUGCAAAUGAAUACCGUCAAACAUAAUUCAGUUUAAUUUAUUUGCUCAUGGGAGGGAUUUCUUUUUUUACAACUUGCGACAAACGUCUGUUUAUUAUUGUACAGAAUUUGAUUAAAGAAAACCAUCAGUGAA